GCGCGGGGCCGCGCCUCCUCAUGGCGGCCGCCGCAGUGUGUGGUAUUUAGCGGGAGCGCGCGGCGGGCUCGAGGACGCGCGAAACGGCGGCGGCGGCGGCGGCUAGGGGGGAGCCGUGGCGACCGUGGCGGGGCGCGCUCUCGAGCGGCGGCGGCGGCCCGGGGUGUCCCGUCGGUCUCGGCGCGGGGGAGAGGCGGUGGCGCUGCCCGCGGUGGCAGCGGUUGGCGACGGAGCGCGUUUAAGCCAGGACCGGGGUCCGAGGCGCGCUCUCCGCCCACAGAGAUGAGCCGUCAGACUGCUACAGCAUUACCUACUGGUACCUCAAAGUGUCCACCAUCCCAGAGGGUGCCUGCGCUGACUGGCACAACUGCAUCCAACAAUGACUUGGCGAGUCUUUUUGAGUGUCCUGUCUGCUUUGACUAUGUGUUACCACCCAUUCUUCAGUGUCAGAGUGGCCAUCUUGUUUGUAGCAACUGUCGCCCGAAGCUCACAUGUUGUCCAACUUGCCGGGGCCCACUGGGAUCCAUUCGCAACUUGGCUAUGGAGAAAGUGGCCAAUUCAGUACUUUUCCCUUGUAAAUAUGCCUCUUCUGGAUGUGAAAUAACUCUGCCACAUACAGAAAAAGCAGACCAUGAAGAGCUCUGUGAGUUUAGGCCUUAUUCCUGCCCAUGCCCCGGUGCUUCCUGUAAAUGGCAAGGCUCUUUGGAUGCUGUAAUGCCCCAUCUGAUGCAUCAGCACAAGUCCAUUACAACCCUACAGGGAGAGGAUAUAGUUUUCCUUGCUACAGACAUUAAUCUUCCUGGUGCUGUUGACUGGGUGAUGAUGCAGUCCUGUUUUGGCUUUCACUUCAUGUUAGUCUUGGAGAAACAGGAAAAAUACGAUGGUCACCAGCAGUUCUUUGCAAUUGUACAGCUGAUAGGAACACGCAAGCAAGCUGAAAAUUUUGCUUAUCGACUUGAGCUAAAUGGUCAUAGGCGGCGAUUGACUUGGGAAGCGACUCCUCGAUCUAUUCAUGAGGGAAUUGCAACAGCCAUUAUGAAUAGUGACUGCCUAGUCUUUGACACCAGCAUUGCACAGCUUUUUGCAGAAAACGGCAAUUUAGGCAUCAAUGUAACUAUUUCCAUGUGUUGAAACGGCAAUCAAACAUUUUCUGGCCAGUGUUUAAAACUGUUGCAUUCAAUUUCACAGGAGAAUAAGGCACCCAUCUGCCUGCCAACCUGAAACUCUUUUGGUAGGUGGAAGCUAGACACAUGAAGGUAAAUAAAAAGAAAGGCUGUUAAAUACAGGAAACAGUUGCAUGUAGUAACACUAAUAUAUUUAAAAAUAAGUCAACAGUAAACCACUGAAAAAAAAUAUAUAUAUAUACACCCAAGAUGGGCAUCUUUUGUAUUAAGAGAGCAAGCAUUGUAAAAUAAUUCUGAGUUUUGUGUUUGUUGUAGAUUGAUUGUAUUGUU